AUGCCGGAGGUGUCGGAUGUGUGGUUGUUGGGGGUGGUGCUCACCGGUGAGACCACAUUUUGGCUAUGCGAGCCAACCCACCUGAAGCCGCUAGCAGAGGAUUGGAAGGCGAUCAACUGUCGAUGGCUGUACCCCGUAUUGGAGAACUUGAGCGAGUUCGCUGACGUGAGCGGCUUUGAUAGCACGGAUGUUGUGUACGAGGUGGACUGGGUAGGGACGUCGAAGGUGCUGCGACCCGCCACUCUGGCGUGGAACGUGCGAGGAAAGCGGCAGAAAAUCGGCGACUCUACGUAUGUCUUCGUUCCGGCCGAGGAGAUCAAGCAACUCGAGGAGGCAUUUAAGCGGUUCGUAAAACUAGAGGCGAAGAUGAAGCCGCCACCGCCGCGUAGCGGCACGUCUGCACGCUCUGCUACUGAAGCUCCGGCGACUGUGGAGGAGAAGACCAUGCUGACUCUCGACACCUCACCAUCUUCGCCGGUGAGGGAGGAGGAGGGCAGGGGUGGCGGGCCGCUAGGUGCCGCUACCUCACUCCAACCCGCGCUGUCCUCGACCCUCAUUGCAGGUGAGGCCACGUGUGAGAGGGUCGAAAAGGCAGAGGACGAUAUGAGCGCGUCGCACCAGGUAGAUGACGAGGUGAGUACCAUUUCUUCGUCUGCACCUCAUCGCCGAGCCCCGCCGCGGCGCGGCGUCACACGUCGGUCAUCAUUUCCUUCUCACAAGCGACAGACGCCGCACCGUGGCACUACCAUUUACCAGGCCCCAGAGCAUAGAAAUCCUACCGGUGGUCACUGCAGCAGCGAAGCCUUUGGGUGGACCGAAAUGUAUGUUGUGCAUCGCGGCAGCGUUGACUAUCUCUGUCCGAAAGCAACGGGCAACACGUUUGGCUUCCGACUGGACCGCGUGAUGCACAAUGGGUUCCCAGUGUUUUUACUAUUUUCUAGCUCCCAUAACAACAGUGAGACCAUCGACUCCAGCUCACGCGGCGUGUCGGUGUUUGAAAAGGCGCAACUAAGCGGCGAGGCAGGUGAGGGGGCGGUACGCAGUUCAGUGCUCGUGGUAACGCGUCUCAGCUCCAAGAAGCGUCAGCCUUACUACGACACCGACAUUGGUCGCACCACCGCAGGAAGCCGCCGCCGCCGACGCUUCGACGACGACAGCACCUCUGAGGAGGACGAAGACGACGAUGGUUUCUUUGACGACGAUGACAAGAAUGACUCGGAAUCUGACGAGACAAAUGAGGAGGAGGAGCGUCGAGUUGGAACACAGAGAUCGCAUCGGCGAGCUGGAGAUGAGGCAGCAAGUGCAGCAAUACUUCCAGCUGCUACCGCUGCCAAGAAACUAAGGACAAAGACCGCUGACACCGCCAGCGAGAGCGCGGUGGCGCCAUCGGCGGCGAGGAGGAAGGCGAAGGAUGACGCUGCCGCUAAGGAGUCGCUUCAAGCAGUGAGCGUGAAUUUCUGGACGGAACCGCAGCACGCGGUUCCAGCGCCUGGGCAACUGGCAAGGGAGUUCCCCUUCAAGUCGGGGGGCUCUGAUACGCCGCAUACGGUCGUGUUUAGCAACGGCAUCUGUGUCACUUACACGGCAUCUACCGCGGCGAAACACGUGCCCCCGGAGAAGAAGCGAAAGACGGCCAAGCAGAGUUGUACGGCCUCCUCCUCAGAGGAUAUCGACUUGAGCAUGCUCAACGAGCACAUCUUGAACGCAUUUGCGCAGGUGAAGAAGGACUGGGUGUAG